GUCCGCUGCAACGCUAGUCAUGACGACAACCUGGAGCUUUGAGCGUGAUGGCCGCGGCUACCGGCGUUUGCGAGCCUCGUUCAUGGCCAAGUACCUUCUCAUGGGUCUCUUCCUCGCCACCGACAUGGCGCUGAAUGCGUCGGCCGAGUACGUCGACCUCGCAGCGUCCAACAGCAUCAACACGGCCGUGAGUGUCAUCUUAGCCCAAGCGUUUGUGCAGAUCGUCGCGGCCAUCGACUUGUUCAUUCUACUGGGCAUGACAUUUCCGUUCCGCAAUGGCCUCCUCGGCCUCCUCGGGAUGGAAUUUCGAUCGGUGCUGUACAUGCACUUGGUCUACUUUGCCUUGACAACGGCGCUUGGCAUCUCCCGCAUCUCGAUUCUGUCGGGCGGCCGACCGACCGUCGAACUGUGGGACCGCCCGGGCUACUACCUGCUCUCGGUGCUGCAAAAGCUCGCCAUGGUGCCCUACUGCCACUUGACGCUGAAUGCGCUCACCAAGCUGGGCAGCGCCAAGUUUUACACCAAAGAUGCUUGGGUUGCGCUGCACAACCAACUGUUUUAGUUUAUUAGAAUGCAAUGGUCUACGUAAAAAGGGCUAUGAUAGGGGAUAGCGCGACACGACGCCGUAGCCCUAUGGAGAUGAAAGAACAUAUUUGUGACGUCGACCCUUGAUAAUAAAACUUUGACGUGG